AUUAGCUGGCUUGUGUAUGACCUUGGUUGGUUUCGUUUUCCAUCUCGUGCUAAUUUCUGUCGUUUCUUAUGGAUCCUUCCCAAACGUCAAGAGGUGGCUUCCGUGGUUCUUUUGGCAGCCGCGGAAGAGGACGUGGACGUGGGCGAGGUCGUGGCCGUGGACGCGGCCGGGGAACUACAACGAAAGAGUGGAAGCCCGUCACACAGCUUGGCCGAUUAGUUGCCGACAAAAAAGUUACAACUCUCGAAGAGAUCUACAUGUUCAGUCUCCCUAUCAAGGAGUCGGAAAUCAUUGACGCUCUCCUUGGGUCUACUUUAAAGGACGAAGUUUUAAAGAUAAUGCCAGUUCAAAAACAAACUCGCGCUGGUCAGCGAACUCGUUUUAAAGCCAUCGUUGCAAUGGGGGACCACAAUUGUCACGUUGGUCUAGGUGUGAAGUGUGCCAAAGAAGUAGCAACUGCCAUUCGUGGGGCUAUUAUUCAAGCAAAAUUGUCCGUCAUACCUGUUCGAAAAGGCUACUGGGGGAAUCUCAUCGGCAAACCUCAUACGGUUCCGUGUAAGGUCACGGGAAAGUGUGGUUCAGUCACGAUGCGGCUUAUCCCGGCACCACGUGGGACUGGCAUAGUCGGUGCGCCAGUUCCUAAAAAGUUGUUACAAAUGGCUGGCAUUGAGGACGUCUACACAAGCUCGAGGGGUCAAACCUCGACUUUAGGAAAUUUUGCAAAAGCGACGUACGCUGCCAUCAGAGCAACCUACGAGUAUCUGACGCCCGAUCUUUGGACAGUUGCACCAACGGCAAAACAUCUUUUUGUAGAACACUCCGAUUAUCUGAGCAAGGCUGCGAAAGUGGCUUCAUGACAGAAUAAACCAUGCUGAUGGAAGAUCUUGUCUUGUGAUUUAUGCUAUGCUCCACUUGUAGUAUGCAACAACGGGUGUACCAAAUGCUUCCACCGAAGAAUGUCAACAUCGAAUGGUUUGAUACUCUAUUGUUCGCCAUUCCCAUAAAUGUCAACUUCGUAACCUACACUGUAGCGGUAUAGAUCAUGAACAUGGCCAGUUCGCA